AUGCAUCCCAGCUUCUACUUCAAGAAGCCAGUAUCGCCUGACGUUCCAAGUUCGACAGCAAGAUCCUCGACUACCAACUUCAAAAGCAAGCAACGACCAUCCACGCCCAACAUGCAGAUCGUGAAGUUACUCAUCUUGGUUCUUGCCAUCGUCACGCCAAUCAUCACCUCUCCAAUCCCGCUCUUCACCCGAGGCGAUGCUGACAAGGUGGCAGCUGGCCAGCAGAGCUGCAAAGCACGACUUAGGGGCUUGGUGGUCAAUUACAGCACUCACAUCGGCGCUCCAUUCCGCCAAGAGAAGUUUGACGCCGCAAUCCAUCGUCUCCAGACCGAUGGCGGUCUUCCAAGCUCGAUCAAGUGCUACAGCGAUGGCGAUGGCUCUACCUAG